AUGUUGAAAGUGACUAAAGCUAAUGAUGUGAAAGACACUAUCUUAGAUCCGAAGUUUUGGAAUAUUUGUUUUAUAACGGUUCAGGUGAUGACUCCUAUCUUGAGACUUUUGCGUAUCUGUGAUUCCGAUGAAAAGUCUUCAUUAGGCUACGUUUAUGAAGGUAUGCUUAGGAUAAGGAAAGGAAUCAAAGAGUUGUUUAAAAGGAAAAGACGUAACUAUAAGAGGUAUGUUGAUAUCAUUGAUGCUCGUUGGGAUAAGAUGUUACGCAAAAGUCUUCAUGCAGCAGCUUAUUGGCUAAAUCCGAUAUUUCAAUAUGAAAAAGAUAAUCGUGAAGAAAAGGAUAAGGCAUGGGUAGGGGUGCUUGAUAUGAUUGAGAAGUUAACGAGUGUAGAUAAUAGUGUGCAAAUAACUAUUUCACACUUGGCAAAAUUUCGGGAUAAAGUAGGUACUUUUGGUCGAUCUAUUGCUUUGAAUUCCGUGGAGCUUGAGUGUCCCGAUGAGUGGUGGAAAGCGUUCGGUGGAGAUGUACCGGCGUUGCAAAAAUUUGCCAUAAGAAUUUUAAGUCAAACCGCAUCCUUUUCUGGAUGCUAA